AUGACGGACGGUAAUACCAGUGCCAAUACCAGUGCUUCAGUUGAUCGGAUUUCAGUUAAAAUCCCACCGUUCUGGCCCAAAGAUCCUGAAAUUUGGUUCCUGCAAGUGGAAAAUCAAUUUACACUGACGUUAGGGACAUACAAAUUAAAGUCAGAGUUAAUUAAGAGACUUAGUGCAUCACAGCAACAAAAAAUUAAAAGACUACUUGAGCAUGAAGAACUGGGCGAUCAAAGACCUUCCCAGUUCUUACGACAUUUACAGUCUUUAGCAGGCACAACGGUACCAGACAAUAUUGUAAGGUCUCUGUGGUUAGGUAAACUGCCAUCGUCUACACAGGCUAUUCUAGCUACUCAAGCUAAAGCUAGUUUGGAAGCAGUUGCCGAGCUAGCUGGCACAAUAUCUGAAGCUAUAGCUCCUAGGGCCCAAAUUUCAGAAGCUUCUAAUGCUCUUGAAAGCACCAUUGAUAAAUUGACAGCCGAUUUAGCUGACAUGAAAAUCCAGCAUGCCGCAGGCUCAAGCACAAACAAACACAUACCGUCGCAACCGCAGCAACUCAAGACGCAGACCAUAUCCUAG